AACAUAACGGUUGUGGUUUUGUUUUUACUUCUCGGGCGUCUAAUUCUUGUCGCAGUAGUGUUUGCUUUCUUCUUUUUUUCUUGUUGUUCGAUUGGGAGAGAAAUUCUUUCCGCGACUUUCACCGCCGCGCAAAACACGGACUUUCGGUUGUUUUGGUCGGAGUUUGGAGUUUUUUCCUACAAAAAGUGGAUGUAAACAAAGAAGACAACGCGAAAGCAGUGUCCUUCCCCUUAAAGUUUUUAUCAGCAAGCCUUUAUCGGGCUGCUUUGAUAGGGCUGAAGGCAGGUAGGCUUUGUUGAUCAACAAUCCGGGCUGUUUUUGGGUGCGUGAAAUUGAAAAUUCAUUGAGUUUUGCAAUUCAAAGUUCGGAAGAAAGUUUUUGCAAAUAAAAUCGGUGUUUUAUUGUUAAGUAUACGACGUGGCGCAUUUGUGUGCGUGUGUUGGAGAUAUUUUUAAUACUUAAAACAAGCAGUGCAAACAGACAGGCCGCAGAAAAGUGUGUGGAGCAGCGAGAAAAAGGCGAGUUGCUCAAAGAAUUAUUAUUCAAUAGUUUCGUCAUCGUCAGCAGCCGCGCGCAGUUCAUUGAGCAAAUAAAGAACGUGCACAUACCGCUCUCUGUCGUGUGUUUACUUUAUUAGCACACAAAUAAAGCAGUCAAAUUGUGGCCAGGCCAGUCCCGCUGUCCUAAAUUGAACGUCGGCAUCUUCUCCACUGAGCAGACACGUUAUCGGCCAGUUUGCUCGUCAUCAUCGUCUUCAGAGAUCUGCCCUGCUAUAGAAUGCGGUUUUCCUCGUCGCUGCCGCGAUCACAUCAGUAAACAAACAAAGAAUUGAAAAGUGAAUCUCCGAGGAGCAGCGGUGCAAUACACAAAGCAAUCACAACCACCAAUACGACGACUUGGUCGUAUUAUCAGCUGCGCGUCGGGUAGAGAAGGAAGUGCGACUUCAAUUCCCAAGUACUUGUGGACAGACGGGUAAUUGAAAAAUUGCUGCGCACACAUACAAACAUACCUACCGUCGUACCCUUUCACCCGGAACCGUUUUUAUCGGGGGGCAGUUCGGAGGAAGUCGGUGCGCUGAGAAGGUGGUGGCGAUUGAUCUUUCUCGUGGAGAUGAAGGGAUGAUUCAUCACCUGAUCGAGGGGGUUGUUGGUACUAUUCCAACACGUGUGAGUGUUUAAAGCUGUGAUCGUCGUGUAAUAUUUUAUGAAUGAAACACUGUGAUUCGUGCUCGAUCUCGGAGGUGCAGCGCAAGUUAUGGCAAUUUACAACAAGUUGUAGAAUGUGUACAAGUUGGCAAUCGUUGUAAGCGUGUGAUCGUACAAGUAGUGCUUAGUGUAGUGUUUGUGUGCUGUUUUUAAUUGAAUCAACAAAAUGAGAAGCAUACGACUGAUGAACGCUAGAGCGUUCGGCUUGGUCGUGAUCCUGACGACCGCCCUGGCUGCAGCCCAGCUGGAUGAGCUGGUAGUGGAUGACGAUCUGGAAGGCCCGAACGUCUGCAAAGAGGUCGAGCAGUACCAGGUGUUUGUGACGGCCCCCAGGGAGAUCACCUACCAGGAGCGGUACCAAAAGUGGUGCGUGGCCGUUCCGCCUCGGUGUUCGGCGUACCGAGUGAGGACGAAGAUUGUCAACGAAACCACCGGCAUCAACAAGGAGCGGAUCCUGAAAAAGUGCUGCUCGGGAUAUGCGAAGAACAAGGAACUCAACCGGUGCGAGCCGGUUUGCAAUCCCGGAUGUCGGCACGGCAAGUGCAUUGCGCCGGAAACGUGCCGCUGUGACCAGGGAUACGUCGGAAAGUCGUGCAAUAUAAUUAUUUCUGACAAACCACUAACGCUUUGGGAAGAGUUUGUAAAGUAUAAAAAGCAACGAGACUGUCCACCGAAUCGCUGGGGCUCGGACUGUUCGCAGGUGUGCAAGUGCAAGAACAACUCCACCUGUGACGCCCAGGACGGCAGCUGUAGCUGUCCGAAGGGUUACCGGGGCACGACGUGUGAGUUCCAGUGCCCAUCCGAUCGCUUCGGCCAGGACUGUGCCGAGGUGUGCCAGUGCCUGAACGGGGGCAAGUGCGAUCCCGUGUCCGGCGAGUGUUACUGCGCACCGGGCUUCACCGGACCGCUGUGUGCUCAAAAGUGCCCGGAGGGUAAACAUGGCGACCAGUGUCAGUCGGAUUGUCGCUGCCAGAACGGAGGAAGUUGCGACUCGCAGACGGGUAAGUGCAUUUGUCCGGCCGGUUAUACGGGAUCGGUGUGUGCGAAUCGGUGCCAGAGCCAACGGUACGGCAAGGAUUGUGCGGAAAAGUGUGAAUGCUUCAACGGUGCGGACUGCAAUCACGUGACCGGGGAGUGCAUUUGCGCGCCUGGGUUUAUGGGUGCCAAGUGUUUGGACUCGUGUCCGAGCAAUACGUACGGGAUCAACUGCACGGAACAGUGCCGGUGCCUCAAUAAAGCCGAGUGCGAUUCGGCCACGGGAAAAUGUUCGUGUCUGGCCGGCUGGACCGGAGCGGACUGCGGCAUGCGGAUCUGUCCCGACGAUCGGUACGGGGACGGUUGCACCAAAAAGUGCGAAUGCGACGUCAGCAACACCAAGAUGUGUCACCCCUGGACCGGAAAGUGCCUUUGCGAGCCGGGAUGGAGUAGCGCGGCGUGCGAUAGACCUUGCCCGUUCCUGAAGUACGGCCAGGACUGUUCGAUCCACUGCAAUUGCAAAAACAAUUCGCCCUGCAAUCACAUCAACGGCACCUGCAAUUGCAUUGCCGGCUUCAAGGGAGAAAUCUGCGAAGAGCAGUGCGACAACGGAACGUACGGCCAAAACUGCAGUGAACGAUGCGAGUGUCAGAAUGGGGCCACGUGCGCACCCGAAACCGGCCAGUGCUUCUGCGCUCCGGGCUGGCAAGGAAUCCGGUGUGACAGGCCAUGCGAUACGCAUCGCUACGGCAAGGAUUGUGCGCAAAGUUGCAACUGCACGAACGGCGGAGUCUGCAAUCCGGUCAACGGUCAGUGUACGUGUCCGGCCGGGUGGAGUGGGGAAAAGUGCGAACAAAAGUGCGAAUCUGGCCGGUUUGGACAGAACUGUUCGCAGAGCUGUGAUUGCCACCUGGAGAAUACGUUGGCUUGUAACGCCACCACUGGGAAGUGCAUCUGCAAGGCUGACUGGGGCGGUGUCCGCUGCGAAAGUCGCUGCCAGAUGGGAUUGUACGGGGAGAGUUGUUCCGAGGUUUGCGCGUGUCACAACAACUCGUCCUGCGAUCCAAUCACUGGCGAGUGCAUCUGCUCGCGGGGCUGGACCGGCGCAAAUUGUGACGAGCCCUGUCCGGAUGGAUUCUUUGGCCAUGGCUGCAAGGAGCGUUGUCCGGGGACGAUGCAUGGCAAUACCACGUGUAAUCACAUAACCGGAAAGUACAGCUGCCGACCGGGUUACAUUGGAACGACGUGUGAGCAUCCUUGUCCUACGAAUACGUACGGGCCGGAGUGUAGUCUGAAGUGUACCUGCAAAAAUGGUGGCGAAUGUUCGCACGAGACGGGAAUGUGUCAGUGUCCGCCGGGAUGGACCGGUGCCAACUGCGAGGCCGUUUGUCCCAACGGAUUCUACGGACCGAACUGUAGUCAAAAGUGCAGCUGCAAGAAUGAUGCCAAAUGUCGCAAGAAUGAUGGUCAAUGCAUCUGUAAGCCAGGCUGGAUGGGAAAUCGGUGCGACGAGGUGUGUCCGGAAGGAUUCUACGGAAAUCACUGCAUGGACUCGUGCAACUGCCCUGCCGGUAAUUUUGUCUGCCAUGCGGCUCUUGGAUGCCUGUGCAGUAACGGAUACACCGGAGAAAAGUGCGACGUAUCGGCUGCUGAAGCAAAGAUCCACCGGAAAGAUGAAGACUUGUACGAAAAUUCCACAAACUAUCAAGGGGUAACCGGGAAUUCGUUGGAUUUGGAGCGGCUCGAGUCCAGUACCGAGCCGGCUCUCACAACACAAAUGGAGGAAAACCCGACCGGGAAUAGUACGUACAACUUUGAUUGGAAAAUUGAGGGCGGACCGGGUGGUGCUGGUGGAAUUCUGGAACCAAACAGCACCAACGACGACAACGACGAGGGUGGGGAGGAAACCACUCCGACCGCGGGGGAAGAUUUCGGCAAACCGCCGCUAGACGAUUACAUUCACCUUCCGGACGAACCGCACGCGGCCCAUUCCGACAACGAAACGGAACAGAUCGAGGGCCAGCGGCGGUGGAAGGGAAACUUGACGAUUGAUGAUGAGUCGAGCAACUUCACGCUCGUAAAUUCCACCUUGCGGCAAGAGAAACUUUUCGCAUCGAACGCCGGCCUGGCUUGGGGGCUGGUACUGGCCGUCAUGUUCGUCGGAGUUAUCGUCGCCCUGGUACUGUACUACCGGCGACGGGUGGCCAAUCUUAAAGCCGAAGUAAAUCACGUCGUCAACUAUAUGUGCCAGGAACAGCCAGGGCACUUUGAUAAUCCCGUUUACUCUGCGUACCAGGGACAACCGGGAUCCGGUUCGGGUGCUGCAGCCGCAGGCAAUCGCCUCGAGAACAACGGACUGCUGCCCAAUGGCUCGUUGAUUCGGAACAAUUUACGAACGCAAAAGUCCAACUUGGACAAGUAUCGCUAUCCGGAGAACGAGUCUGUUGGAACGGACCGAUCUUAUUCCAUCCAAUACCUCACGGAGAGUCAGAAGAACUUUGAUGCGGACAUGACAAAUCCCAACUACAAUACAAUCGAUGAUAAGGAUCACGUUUACGAUGAAAUCAAGCACAAAGAUGGCUACAAAGAUCUCGACACUGAGUACGACCACCUGGACUACUCGCGGCCCGGAAGUUCCCACAAAACGCACUAUUUCCGCAUGCCCAACCCCAUGUCGGGCGGGUCACCGAAAGAGAUCAACGUGCUGCGCGAAAACGGCACCACCAUCAACAAUCUGUCCUCGCCGGGACUGAACAUCCGCCAGCCGUUGGUCGUGCCGGUGAUUAACGCCGCCGACUGUGGCUCGUCCUCGACCAACUCGUCGCCGACGCCGCCCAUGCUGCGGGCCAACGACAGCAGCAACCUGUACGUAAAGAUGACCUCCGAGGGGUCGUCCCCGGCGGGAAGUGAUCAGGAAUGCACCGGUGGUGGCGGCAGCAGUAGCAAUAAGAUUCCCGAGCAUCAGCUCAAUAUCAAGUAGAAAUGUGUCCCGUUUUUGUGUGUGUCUCGUGUUUGAAAAAUCCUGUGAGUGCGUGAGAACGCAACUCGGCAUAUCAGAUCCUCUCGUUAAUAAGCAAUCCCCCGGCGAAAAGCUGGCUUAGUAUUAGUCGUUAAAGUUCGAAAGUCAUGAUAGCUCUAUUUUCACUGCUAUAAAGUACGUCAUAUUUUAAACGAUUAUGAUUGUGAUAAUAUGUUUGAGUGUUUUGCACGUCUGCUAGAAGUAAGUCACAUUCUACUAUUCUACUAAGAACUUUUUAUUAGACUGCUGAGAGUGAAGCAAACGGUACAAUAAUCUGCUGUCGGGAGAAAAUCUUGCAUUUCUUUCUACCUAAUCAUGUAUAAUGUAUUAUCAAGCGUGCCAAAAGGUUUGGAAGUGGUGUUCUGCUCACGGAUCACAUAAAAAUUGUUACUAUUGAAUAGAUAUUUUUGGAACCUAUUGACAACCAAGAUUAAGAACUGUUAUAAAUGUAGAGAAUUUCAAUCGCUUCAAUCCCCAAAUAGAGAUGAUAUUUCAUUCAUAUUGGUAUUACCAAGGAGAG